CUCUUCCCUCCUCUCCUCUCCUCUCUGCCCCCCCCUGCUCCGGAGACGGGAUUGAAGGAGAUCGGUGCUGGAAAAUGUCUUCGAUCUUGCCUUUCACGCCCCCGAUUGUCAAGCGGCUCUUGGGCUGGAAGAAGGGUGAACAAAACGGGCAGGAGGAGAAAUGGUGCGAAAAAGCGGUGAAGAGUUUGGUGAAAAAGCUGAAAAAGACCGGCCAAUUGGACGAGUUGGAGAAGGCAAUAACUACUCAGAGUAUUAACACCAAGUGCAUAACCAUCCCCAGGUCUCUUGAUGGAAGGCUUCAGGUAUCCCAUCGGAAAGGCCUGCCCCACGUCAUCUACUGUCGCCUGUGGCGCUGGCCGGACCUUCACAGCCACCACGAGCUUCGAGCCAUGGAAAUGUGUGAGUUUGCCUUUCACAUGAAGAAGGACGAGGUCUGUGUGAACCCUUACCACUACCAAAGGGUGGAGACCCCAGUUUUACCUCCUGUUCUCGUGCCAAGACACACAGAUAUGCCUGCUGAAUUACCACCCCUGGAAGACUACACACAUUCCAUCCCAGAGAACACAAACUUCCCAGCGGGCAUCGAACCACAGUGCAACUACACACCAGAAACUCCCCCGCCAGGUUACAUAAGUGAAGAUGGAGAAACCAGUGACCAUCAGAUGAACCACAGCAUGGACACAGGGUCUGCGGCUGACCUGUCACCAAACCCCUUGUCACCAACACACAGCAACUUGGACCUGCAGCCCGUCACUUACUGUGAGCCAGCGUUCUGGUGCUCGAUAGCUUACUAUGAACUGAACCAGCGAGUGGGGGAGACCUUUCAUGCCUCGCAGCCCUCUCUCACUGUGGAUGGCUUCACUGAUCCAUCCAACUCUGAACGCUUCUGCUUGGGGUUGCUCUCAAAUGUGAACCGUAACGCAGCAGUUGAGCUGACAAGAAGGCACAUUGGCAGGGGAGUCAGGCUAUACUACAUUGGGGGAGAGGUCUUUGCUGAAUGCCUGAGUGAUAGCGCCAUCUUUGUUCAGAGUCCAAACUGCAACCAGCGCUAUGGAUGGCACCCUGCAACCGUUUGCAAGAUUCCACCAGGAUGCAACCUGAAGAUCUUCAAUAACCAGGAGUUUGCAGCUCUGCUGGCUCAGUCAGUGAACCAAGGCUUCGAAGCAGUAUACCAACUGACACGGAUGUGCACGAUUCGAAUGAGCUUUGUCAAAGGCUGGGGAGCAGAGUACAGACGCCAAACAGUGACCAGUACCCCUUGCUGGAUUGAGCUACAUCUGAAUGGACCUCUACAGUGGCUGGACAAAGUCCUCACCCAAAUGGGAUCACCGACCAUUCGCUGUUCAAGCAUGUCAUAGAAGAUUGGUUUCAGCUCAGGGAAGACAGCUGCCAAAUUUUAUGGGCCUGGCUGUAGCAGAUAAUUUAUAGAAAAAUGAAACAACAGUUGCUGCAUGGUGCCCAGAACUGGUAAUUUCCUCUGCAUCAAUAUCAGGUACCUUCAUUGCCACUUCCCCACCAUAACUUUCAGCACUUUCCGUGGCAUUGCUGUUGAGAAAAAAAUUGCAAGGGCAAAUGCAAAAAGGACAACAUCAAUUUUCAAUCUCAUUUUCUCGUGGAGGGAAAGGAUCUCUCAUUUGAACAAUGGCAAAUUGUUCUUCCCAGUACAAGCCUGGCCAUUUUAUAUUAUUUGACUUUGCCAUGUCCUAUUUCCAAGCAACGACUAUUAAUUCUAGUUGUACAGAACUUGCUCACCAGUUUCUAUUCUUCUAGAGGCCUCACGAAUAUUUUGAUGGUCAAACCUGAAACGGUAAAGACCAUGGCACUCGGAGAACUUUGUUUCACUCAAGUGGGAAGCUAAAAGGUCCUUCCACAGUUUUCUUGCAAUAUGUGGUGGUUUUGAACUCUAAGUGGUCCUUCUGCCACACUCCUGUAUCACGUCACAAACUGUUGGAGGAUGACAAGACGUUCUCAACAAUCGGUGUGCAGGGAGCUGUGAUUUCUAUUGUCAAUGUUUCCUUCCUACUAUUAUUUCCACAAGUAUAAGGGAUGGUCAAUUUGCACGCUACCCCUCCUGCUCUUUACACUCUUUUCUAGUCAGAGUUGAAACAGAUUACAAGCACUUGGUUAUCAUAGCUAGGAGCUGUUCUUUUUGAACAAUAGAUCUACAUUGAGAACGCUAAGGAACGCCAUUGUAUUUUUUUCUAGAUAUAGGCGCUAUAUAAAUCAGAGUUGUAGAAGUGUGAAUGUGGCUAAUACUAGGGUAGUUAAGCCCAUUUUAAAUUAUGCCCUCCCUUGCCCCGGGGGCCUGUGACACCAUUUUCUACAACUCCCACAUCUUGGGCAAGGUACUGAAUGCAGCUGGUAUCUGUGGAACCGUACCCCAGCAAUUGUAUAAUAAAGGGAGCAUUUAUUUACCCUAGUUUCUUAACUUGCUGCCUUUACAGUAACAGCGUUGUUAGGUUUUUUUUGUGAAGGGGUCCAAUUUAAAUUUCCAACACAAGCUACGUUUCUAUUGCUGGACACAUUGAGACUUUGGCUGAACUGUAACAAUUUAAAGUAGUAAAGUAUUGCUCUUGAUU